AUGUUAGGAUACACGUUUUUUUGUUUGUUUGUCGUUAGUCUUGUUUGUGGCUACCCACAGGAAUAUCUGACUAAGCAUUUCAAAGUUGGAAUUGAGUAUGAAGGUUCCUUGCCAAUGAGUGGAGCUUCAGACAGACUCAAACAUAGGAACAACUAUGAUCCAUUCUUUGUUGCCAUCACGGCGACAGCAAAGAACGGCUACGUUAUAUCUUACAUAGAAGUGUCCGCAACGGUCGUGUUAGAUGGUGUGGUGGACUUCACUGUUGUUCGAGGUCGAACUGGUGACACGAGUAUGGUGCUUCAGCUGGUGUCCAACCAGAGUGACUUCUUGACUUACUCCUACUUGGCGUAUGGCAUAAGAGAAGAGGAAUAUAAAAAGGUGGCGAACAUUGUAACAAUACCAAUGAGAAAUGCCAGUAAAAGACAUUUUAAAGAUAUUACUGAAUAUUAA